AUGGAGAAUUCUUUCCUGUAUGACCCAGCCGACGUGCUGAAGCACUUCAAUGUCUCCGAGGAGAAAGGUCUGUCGCAGAGUGCCGUCCUGCAAUCUCGACAGAAAUAUGGUCCAAAUGCCUUGGAGGAAGAACCCCCUACCCCUCUGUGGGAAUUGAUUCUGGAGCAGUUCAAGGACCAGCUCGUCCUGAUCUUACUCGGUUCCGCGGCUGUGUCCUUUGUUUUGGCUCUUUUCGAGGAUGGCGACGAUUGGACCGCGUUUGUGGACCCCGCGGUGAUCUUGACAAUUCUCAUUCUCAAUGCCGUGGUGGGCGUGACCCAGGAAAGCAGUGCGGAAAAGGCUAUCGCAGCCCUUCAGGAAUAUUCGGCCAACGAGGCCAAGGUUGUUCGCGAUGGAAAGACACAAAAGGUCAAGGCAGAGGACUUGGUUCCCGGCGAUGUGAUCCAUAUUGCCGUGGGUGACCGUGUACCCGCCGAUUGUCGUUUGUUGGCCAUUCAUAGCAACAGCUUCCGUGUUGAUCAAGCUAUCUUGACUGGUGAGAGUGAGAGUGUCGGAAAGGAUACCCGCGCAGUGAAGGAUAGCCAGGCCGUUAAGCAGGACCAGAUCAACAUGCUCUUCUCCGGUACCACCGUUGUCAAUGGCCAUGCCACUGCUGUGGUUGUAUUGACUGGUGGCUCUACUGCUAUCGGCGACAUCCAUGAAAGCAUCACAUCCCAGAUCUCUGAACCCACCCCACUGAAGCAGAAGUUGAACGAUUUCGGUGACAUGUUGGCCAAGGUCAUCACGGUCAUCUGUGUCCUUGUCUGGUUGAUCAACAUUGAGCACUUCAACGACCCGUCUUUCGGUGGAUGGACCAAGGGUGCCAUUUACUACCUGAAGAUUGCUGUCUCCCUUGGUGUUGCUGCUAUUCCAGAGGGCCUGGCCGUUGUCAUCACCACCUGUCUGGCCCUUGGGACCCGUAAGAUGGCUCAGAAGAAUGCGGUCGUCCGCUCCUUGCCAUCUGUGGAAACCCUGGGAAGCUGCAGCGUCAUUUGCUCUGACAAGACUGGGACCUUGACCACCAACCAGAUGAGCGUCCAAAAGAUUGUUUAUCUGAACAGCCUAGGUGACAACCUUGAGGAAAUUGAUAUCGAAGGCACGACUUUUGCCCCCGAGGGCAAUUUGAGCAAAAACGGCAAGGUUGUCGAGAACUUAGCUGUCACCUCCCCUACCGUGAGGCAAGUGGCCGAGGUUAGCGCCAUAUGUAAUGCCGCCACCCUCUCUUACGAUGCCAAGUCCGGUGCUUUCUCCAACGUUGGCGAGCCUACCGAGGCUGCUCUGCGUGCUUUGGUUGAAAAGAUCGGAACCAGUGACGUCGCCGAGAACAAGAAACUCUUCAGCCUGCCUGCCUCUGAGCGGUUGCACCGCGCAAGUGCUGUCUAUGAGCAGCAGCAUCCCCCUCAAGCUACUUACGAAUUCUCUCGUGACCGUAAGAGUAUGUCCGUCCUCGUUGGAACUGGUGCCGAUCAGAAACUCCUGGUCAAGGGUGCCCCCGAAACGAUACUCGAGCGCUGCUCCUACGUCCUCCAAGGCUCUGAAGGAUCCAAGGUCUCAAUUACCAAGAACCAUCUCAAGUUGCUUUCUGACGAGGUUGUCGAAUACGGUAACCGGGGUCUCCGAGUCAUGGCGCUUGCCAGCGUGGGCGACGUGGCCGGGAACAAGCUGUUGAAAUCUGCCUCGACCUCCCAGGACUACCUCAAACUAGAGCAGAACAUGACCUUGAUCGGCCUUGUUGCCAUGCUUGACCCUCCUCGUCCCGAAGUCGCUGAUUCGAUCCAGAAGUGCCAGGCUGCUGGUAUUCGUGUUAUUGUCAUCACCGGUGAUAAUCAUAAUACCGCGGAGUCUAUCUGCCGCCAGAUCGGCGUCUUUGGCGAGAACGAGAACCUCGAGGGCAAGAGCUUCACCGGCCGUGAGUUUGAUCAACUGAGUGACAACGAGAAGCUUCAGGCUGUCCAAACCGCUUCCCUGUUCUCCAGAACCGAGCCGAGCCACAAGUCCAAGCUGGUCGAUCUUUUGCAGUCCCUGAACCACGUUGUCGCCAUGACCGGUGAUGGUGUCAACGACGCUCCCGCCCUGAAGAAGUCUGACAUUGGUGUUGCUAUGGGUACUGGCACCGACGUGUCCAAGCUCGCCGCCGACAUGGUUUUGGCCGACGAUAACUUUGCUACCAUCACUGUUGCUGUCGAGGAGGGCCGCUCCAUCUACAGCAACACCCAGCAAUUCAUCCGGUACCUGAUUUCAUCCAACAUUGGUGAGGUUGUGUCCAUCUUCCUCACUGCGGCUUUGGGUAUGCCAGAGGCUCUGAUUCCCGUUCAGCUCCUUUGGGUCAACCUUGUCACCGAUGGUCUGCCCGCUACUGCUCUCUCUUUCAACCCUCCUGACCACGAUGUAAUGCGCCGUCCUCCUCGUAGCCGUGAUGAGCCGCUUGUCGGUGGGUGGUUGUUGUUCCGCUACAUGGUCAUUGGAACCUAUGUUGGUGCUGCUACCGUAUUUGGUUACGUCUGGUGGUUCUUGUAUAACUUCGAGGGCCCCCAAAUCUCGUUCUGGCAACUGUCUCACUUCCACAAGUGUUCUGCCCAGUUCCCCGAGAUCGGGUGUGAUAUGUUCAGCAACGACAUGGCCAAGUCCGCAUCUACCGUGUCUCUUUCCAUCCUUGUUGUGAUUGAGAUGCUGAACGCCAUGAACGCCCUGUCGUCCAGCGAGUCGCUGUUCACUUUCUUCCUGCAGAACAAUCCCAUGUUGAUCUACGCCAUUGCUCUCUCCAUGGCCCUCCACUUUGCCAUUCUUUACAUUCCCUUCCUGCAGGGUCUUUUCUCUAUUCUGCCUAUGAACUGGAAUGAAUGGCAGGCCGUGUUGGUCAUCAGCGCUCCCGUCAUCUUCUUGGAUGAAGUUCUCAAGUUUGUGGAGCGCCGCCUGUACAACACCACUGUGUCUCGCCCUUCAAAGGCCCUGAAUGGUAGCGCUGACAAGCCCAAGCGAGCGUAA